CCUUGACCUGUUCAUAUAAACCAUUAUACCAUGUGGAUUUGAUGUUUAUUUUAAGUUUUUUCGAUUUCAAAUUUUUUGUUUAGUUGAUCUAUUUCUUAUUAUAUAAAGUUAUGGCAUUCAUUCUAAAUAAAUUAGGAAAUCAAUUCAAACAAACGAUUCAUUUGAUAAAUGGAUCAUUUAAUCUUAUUAUAGCUAAUCAAUAUCGUUUUCUGGCAUCUAAUUCGGGAAAAAAUCCAUUUCCACAGUACGUUAAUCUUCCGCCAAUUUCACCGUUGUCCGGAAAAGGUCAUACAUUUGAAACAAGAAUAGAACGUAAACGAAAAAUUGAAGAUCCAAAUCUACCAAGUUUAAAUUCAAUCGGUGAAUUGAAAUGGGCAACAACACGUAUGCUUCGUGAUGUUCGUCGUCGUCGUGUAUUUAUCGAUUAUUAUCCUUUUCGUCAAUGUUAUUAUAAUAUGAGAAAAAAUCAAACAUUACCACAAUCUGUUCGAGAAGAAGCAUAUAAAUUGGAACGUGCAUUACCACGUGAUUCUAUGUUUCAUUUAUUACAUAGUCGUUGUGCUGUAACUGGUCGAUCGCGUGGUAUUGUUAAACGUUAUCGUCUUAGUCGUUUUUGUUUCCGUCAUUUAGCCGAUUAUAAUAAACUUUCUGGAGUGAUAAAAGCUUCUUGGAAUUAAAAAUCAUAUUCUUUCAUUCUGCAAUUCAAU